ACGCGGGAGUCGUGCGUCUGCGGCUCGUGCUCCGCUGCUGCUGCUGCUGUUGUUGUUGUUGUUGUUUUUCUUGUUAUUUUUGUUGUUGUUGUUGUUGUGUUUGUUCGGGGAGCUCCGGAGCCUCCCCCCCGUCCCCGAGCCCCGGCGGAGCUGCAGCCCGGCGGAGAGAUGUGGUGGUUCGAGCAGGGUCUGUGCGCUCUUCCCGCGGCUCUGGUCGUGUGGACGUCCGCCGCCUUCGUCUUCGCCUACAUCACCGCCGUCGUCCUCAGACAUGUGGACCCCCUGCUGCCCUACAUCAGUGACACGGGGACCAUGGCUCCGGAGCGCUGUGUGUUCGGGAUCAUGUUGGACGUCUCGGCCUUUUUAGGUGUGUUCACGGUGUACGUGCGGUACAAACAGGUGGGGGCGCUCUCCUCGGACUCGGACUCUCGUCUCGUCGCCUUAAACCGACUCGGACUUUUCUUCGGAGUCGUGUCGUCGCUCGGGAUGUGUGUCGUCGCCAACUUCCAGGUCAGAGUCCUGGUCCAGACUCUGGUCUCGUUCUGGAUGCAGCCCGAGGUCCACAGCAAGACCCUGUUCAAGACCCGACUCCUGCUCACGCUCUGGACCUUCUGCUCCAUCAUCAGCAUGUUUGUGUCGUCUGUUGUCAUGUACAGUAGUUUACCUGGAGUCGACGUGGCUCAGAAACUUCACUGGACCCCAGGAGAAACAGGUUAUUCAGCUCACUUGGUCAGUACUGUGUCUGAAUGGUCUUUGGCCUUUUCCUUCAUCAGUUUCUUCCUCACCUUCAUCAGAGACUUUCAGAAGAUCGAGCUGCGAGCUGAGGCCGUGGUCCACAGCCCGCACCUGUACGACGGACCUGUAGGGGGAGCUGUCCAUCACCGAGAGGCGGGGGAGGAGUCUCCGCUGCUCGGGGGCGGGACAUGACCUCCACACAGACCAAUCAGAACGUGUUUUACUGCUCUGAGGACGGCUGCACUUUGAGAUUUUAAGUCAGAUGAAAAAUAAUAAUAAUGAUAAUAAUAUUCUAACAUCUAUAAACUGUAUUUAAUUAUAAAAAGCACCUGGUUUUAUACGAUUUAAAAUGUUUUUACUUUUACAAUUGUGACACUGGAGCUGUUCAAACUAAAGCCAGAAGGGGGCGAUGUUGAGUUACACUUGUUUUGUAUUUUUAUAUUCCUGAUAUCACAAUAAUCUUUAAUAACAGAACAGAACCUUUGUACAGAACCAAAUCUGUGAGUAAAACCCGGAAAAAACA